CAAGAUGGCCGAGCCAGCUACGAGUGACUCCAGUCCGGAGACUGACCAGGACUUUGACGUGACGGCCGAGAUGCUUGUCCACGAGUACGACGAUGAGCGGACCAUCGACGAGGAGGAGAGUAACGAGAUGGGGGAGUGCUUCAGCAACGAACUGGAUGAUCUGGCAGAGGAAGCGGCGAUCCCAGUGGACCAGCUGUGGCGAAUGUACGCCGCUCCCUCGCCCGGCACGGCGCCCCUCGCCCAGCAGGAUGACUCCACAGAAACAGAUGGCAGCACAGACGAGAUCCUCAACUCCCGCAACCUGACACUGGACAAGGAGGAGAUCGCCCAGGACCUGCUGCCGGAUGGGGGCGGCGACGCCGAGGAAGCCGCUGGGGAGGAGAGCAUCGACGACCUGCACAGCGACCUAUUCCCCGGCCCUGGAAGCCAUGCCAGCGACAGCCCUGGCAGCUAUGGCACCCACAGGCUACUUCGAUCAAACACUGCUACUGACGGGGAUUCCGAUUCAGGCUCCGAAGACUCUGAUUAUGUCCCACCAGAAGAUUGGAAGAAGACCAUCAGCGUCGGAGCUGAUUAUCAGGCCGUCAUCCCGGAAGGCUUGAGUCACUACGGCGAUGCCCCAGCCUACGACAACGAGGACAGACUACUCUGGGAUCCUCACCAGCUGGCGGUGGACCCCGUGGAAGACUACCUGAGGGAGGUACAGCGACCGCCCCUAGGCACCACCGGUGUCAAGUCGCUACCGCUGGGCAGUCACGUCCGCGACGAUGAAAGGUCGCUGUAUAUACUCUUGCAAUGCGGGCACAAUGUAGAAGAGGCCCUCAGGCGACAUCGUAUGCAAAUAGCGCCCCCUAUGGAUGAGAUGAGCUUGUGGUCAGAGGAGGAGUGUCGCAACUUUGAGAGUGGGCUCCGCACGUAUGGGAAGAACUUCCACCUGAUCCAGCAGAACAAGGUUCGGACGAGGUCGGUGGGCGAAUUGGUACAGUUCUACUAUCUGUGGAAGAAGACGGCGCGGCACGACAGCUUUGCAAACCAAGCCAGGCUGACGAAGAAAAAAUACCAUCUGCACCCGGGCAUCACGGACUACAUGGAUCGCUUCCUGGACGAUGCAGAGAGCCUUGUGAGUCCAAUCCCAUCUCACAGCCUCCUGGACAAGCACCGUCUGAACAACAAACUGGCCCAGCCGACUUCCAUGCUGGCCACCCUCAACGGCGCGUCCCCGGCCGAGCUCCUGAGCAACGGCUCGCCGGAAGUCGGCGGCCUGGUCAUGGGUGACCUGCCCAACGAGAUGUCAGCCACGGGCGCAGCUGCGGCGGGCCUGGAUGAGAGCUUGAAGCGUUCGGCCGAUUUCCCGGACUCCAACGGGCCGACCAAGCACCGGCGAGUCGAGCCCGAGGUCGAUCACAGUGGACAGCAGCAGGCCUUACAGGAGCUGGGCCUCCUGAUGGAACCCGACCUGGAACUCAACAACAGCGUCCACUCCAGAGACAGUGUUGUCUCAGCAGACUCUGCCCGCCAAGCGCCCUGCCCGCCCCAGUCAGCGCCCCUCCCGUCAACUCAGGUACCCCCUCCUCCCUCCCCGUUGGUGAAACCUCUACGAGGCAGCCUCACCGUGGUACCACCCUCACACAGUGUCGCCUCGGACUCCGUACUAAACGUCCGGCCCCUCGUCACUAGCAAUAUGCAAGCUCCUAAUCCGGUGGCCCAGUGACGGCCAAAACCAGGAAUUAGAGUGUAUCUUCCAAAGUAAUACUAAAAAAGGUCGAACAAGCAAAAAAUACACAGAGAGAUGUAUGAAAGUGGAGAGGCAGCCCCUGAGAGAUCUGAGUAGUCCAGAGAGUUGAUGCAGUCACCCCUCACCGUGCGUUCCCGAGUGAGAGAGAACCGUGAUGUCCGUCUCCAGGAGCCUGUAAUCAAUAUUUAUUUAUUUUUUCUAAGAGUGUGUAGUAUUGCGAUUCAGCGUGUGGUGUACGAUGACGACAUGUGUGACGCUACUUCUUGUGAGAGGCAUCGGAUGCGUUCAGCAGAUGACAGAAAAUCUCGGCAUGUUUGGCGGCAGUCGGCACUGCUUGAAGGGUCGCCGGUGUAGCAACCGUCCCAGCAUUUGUUCCACUGUUUCCGUGUCACUCGCGGCAGCCAACAAUCCAACGUGAAACACAGCUUUCUACUUAGAUACAUCCCUCACACCAACCCUGAGGCACUCUCGGAACCAGGAGCUUUGUGAAAACAGGGCUCUCGGCUCUGAACGCGACGAAUGCGAUGCUGGGAUGCAGCAGGCUUCAGUGCAAAUGUGCACUGAAGUCCUCCCUUCCUUCAUCAGCUGUUGUAACUCCACCUACGAGCUUUACAGGACACGGCUGAAAUCAUGUGAAGUUUGCUACCCCGUCAGUGGUUCAUACUCAGAAUUUGUACAACUUUAAAACAAAAAACAAGGCUGUACCAUCUGAAUAUUUUCUCUACCUGGGUUUUUAAUUUGAUCGUGGAGAGUUUGGGCAGAAAGAAGUGAAUAUGAUUAAAAACAAAUUUCUGCACAAAUCAUACCGUGGCUUUCAACAGAUUCUUGAUGACUAUUUCCAUCAAAACCACAACAAACCUCGCAGUUAGUUUGUGUUAUUCUUUGUCACCUGACUAGGAACGGGGCAGCUACAUGGCUUGAAGGCUUGCGGCUAAAAAAGGAAGCGGCGACGACUUCAAAUUUCAUGUGCAGAUAAAAAACGAAUCGUGGAAAUAUGUGUAUUCUUGUAAGUUUGCCUGGAAAUAACACCGUUCAGUCCAAACUUUGUGGACGUGUCUAAUAAUGUACAUAGUUUAUAAAUGACAAAUGUGUAAAUCCAUUUAAAUAGCCAUACUUUUUAGGUUCUUUGGUAUUUUAUAACUCGAGAAGAUGUUCAGAGGACAGGUUUUAAGUUAAUAUAUUCAGGCCAAAAAUUGGAAGUCGUAUGAUUUGAGGAGUUCCGAUGCGUAUAUGUUUGUUACCUUGAAGUAGCAUACGUAGAGUAGAUCUGACGAACCUUUUGUGUACAUAACUAGUCUAUUGUUUUCUGCUCUGUCUUAGUCUCCUAUUUCUAGAGUAUCUUAUUGUUGAAAGUACCGUUACUAAUUUGGGGGUCAUGACCAAAUUGGCUAGAUUCAACGGGUGCUUACGGAAGCUGACAGCCAACGGCUUGACGCAUUGCCCACAGAUGUUUGUGUGAAACCUAGCUGUAGCCUCAUUAUUUGGACAUGGCUUAUAUCGUUUUGCAAUCUUUUAUCACCCUAAAUGAAUCUGAAUGACAUUAUCUUCAAAUGCACAUUAAGAGAAGUCCUUAUUUUCAAAUUUCAGUGGGAAUGUUCCCCUGCCAAUGGUCAAGAUAUAUACACUGUAUCCUGUUGAAGACUGUAAUAUCUUGUAUAAUAGCUUAUUUUAACCCUCCUAUGCUGAAGUCACUCUUUGGGUCACUCGGUAAACACCUCCAAGAAGCACAGCUGUCUUGUGU